GUUUGUAAUCAGAGUAGCAACGGUUUGAGUUUUAAAUUUGUGACAUACAAUUUCUACAAAUUUACAACGUUUACAAAUGAGAGCAAUGUCUGAAACCGGUGCAGCUCUGCAAACUCACAUCCAAGAAUUGGUAAAAUGUUUAGAAGAAUUGAAGGUUCGAAAAAAGGAAGUAUUAGUUUUAAUAGAUAAGGAAGAAGGAGAGAAAAGAAUUCUUGAAAAGAACAUAAAGUGCUUACAGGAGAAACUAUGUGUGGUUAAUGAAAAUUUACAACAACACAGGUCUUUGUGUGAGAACUACGAUAGGACCAUUAAGGAGACUGAAAAUGGAUUUCAAAAAAUUUUGGAAAGCAGUCAAGUACUGUUACACUUGGCCCAACAAGAAGCCAACAAAUUGGACAAUACUCAAAGCAAAAGUCAAUAUUCUUAUAAUUGAUUGUUUUUUAUUGAUUUGAUAUUUUGUUGUUUAUUGUAAUUUAUUUUGAAAUUAAUUUUAUUAUAUGCUUAAUCAUUAUCAUCAUUUAUAUACUCAUAUUGAAAAAAGGAAAUAAAAGUGUUUUUAUAAAA